AUGUUUAAAUCGAUUAUUCUUGAUAAAAAGCGUCAGGUUUUUGAAAACCGUAAAGCAGAUGCUUUUGUAGAUGCUAUAUGUGCUGACUGUAAAAAACAAGGUCAUUUCACCAAAGACUACUUCAAAUGUGAUUUUUACAAAGCAUCCUCUGCUGAUGAUGUUGGCUCAAGCAGAGGCAAGAAAAGAAGUCAGAGCUUUGAUGUAAAGAAACAGAAAAAGAGAGUCAGGAUAGAAGAAAACCUGAACGAGCAUCAGAAUCACACAGUUUGCAGUAAAUCCUCAUCAACUGCCCGUUAUCUGGUAUUUGAAGCAAGAAUAUUCAUAAAUUAUUACGUUUUGGAAAGCUCGGCAUAUGUUGCCCCAAAGUGUCUGUCCACACAGAGCUUUUGGUAUACAGUGAUUAAAAUAACCAAUGGGCAAACUGUCAAAAACACAUCAGCACUUCCAAAUGGGUUUAUAGAAGCCUACAACAACUUUAAAACCAAUUACUCGUCAUUUACACGCUCCAAAACCCUCGUACCAGGAAUCAGCCAGUGCAUUCCUGAAGCCUGUAUGGAGAUCGCUACUUCCUGCCUCAACAAUGUCAUUGAAAAUUUUGAACAAAGGCUUGUAUAUUUUUUGAAGUUCAAGUUGCAAAUGAUGUUUGUGGUACGUUGA